AGAUUCGCCAAAAAAACUUACACUAGAGGGUCUCUGGGGCCCCGGAUUUCCAUGAGGUGAUAGAUGAACCCCAUGAGGUGAUGUAAGAACAUUGAGGAAACUGAGCAUCAGCAGAGUUCAAGAGGCGGGAAGUGGAUACAUGCACUCUGAGCUGCCUGGAAUGUGAACUUCCUUUAAUGCACCCAGAUUCCUCAUGGUAAGACUGUAAUUCACCAGCAUCGCAAAGAAAAAACUCUCUCUCUCUCUCGCUCUCUCUCUUCGGUCAUCAAGAUCGGGAAUCCUUUCUUUAGCCUGCCGCUCAAAGCCUCCCGUUAGUGUGGCAACCAGGGCAUGGAGCAGAGAAAUAUCACCGAGAACCCCGACAUGGACAAGGUCUCCGUCGCACACGUCUUAGACGUCUCGCAUGUCCUGAAGGCAGAAGUCGGUCGGGAGAGACUUUCCGAUCGGCUGCCUCCGCACGAGUCCUACGAGGGCCGCCAUCGGUGGGAUCCCGCCCUGACCUGGACCGCCGAUGAAGAGCGCAAACUGGUCCGGAAGACGGAUUUCUACCUUCUAUCCUGCCUCUGUGUUAUGUUCUUCGGUCUCCAACUCGAUCGAGGCAACCUAUCUAAUGCUCUGGCCGAUGACCUGCUUAAGGACUUGAAACUUACAAGCGAUGACUACAACAACGGCACCACUAUUCAGCUCGUCUGUUUCCUGGCGGCUGAAUUCCCCGUCCAGAUGAUUACAAAGAGGCUUGGGUUCAAGAGGGUCCUGCCCACGAUGAUGUUUCUGUGGGGUGUUGUUUCUUGGGGGCAGGCAUGGAUCACGAAUCGCGCCAGCUUCUACAUCACUCGGGCACUCAUUGGUCUCUUUGAAGGCGGAUUUAUUCCAGGUGUUAUCUUGUUCUCAACCUACUUUUACACGUCUAAGGAGCUCUCGACCCGUCUGGCCGUUUUCUGGUCAACUCUGAAUGUUGCUCGUGUCAUCUCAGCGCUCCUCGCAGCUGGGAUCCUCAAAAUGAGAGGCAUUGGGGGCCACCCAGGGUGGUUCUGGCUAUUCCUUUUGGAAGGACUCCUCACCUGUGUGAUUGCAGUGGUGGCCUUUCUAUGGCUUCCUGCCAGCCCGACCCAGACCAAGAGCGUCAUCUGGCGUAAACCCUGGUACACCGAGCGAGAAGAGGCCAUUAUGGUCAACCGCAUCCUUCGCGAUGACCCGGCUAAGGGACUGACGGCCCUCAAAGAACCCGUCCGUUGGAGCAACAUCAAGGAAGCCUGGAUGGAUAAGUCCAUGUGGGGGCUCUACUUCAUCGGCCUGGUCGCCUACAUUCCUGCGACACCCGUCCAGGGCUACCUUACCCUUACGCUAAAGCGCAUUGGCUUCACGACCUUUAACGCCAAUAUGCUGACGGUCCCGUCGGCAGUCCUGCAGAUCUUCACAAUGCUCGCCAUAUCGUUCAGCAGCAAUUAUUUCAACGAUCGGGCGUUUCACGUCAUUUUUGGAGAUUUUUGGAUAAUGCCUCUUCUCGUUGGCCUCCUCACGCUGCCUAACGGCGGCAGGGACUGGUCGCGCUUUACGCUCGUGACACUUAUAUCCGGUUAUCCUUACUUCCACCCCAUCGUGUCCUCCUGGAUCUCCGAGAACAGUUUUGACGUCAAGAAGCGGGCUAUCACGGCCGCUACCUACAACGUCAUUGUCCAGGUCGGCUCCCUCAUUGGCUCCCAGAUCUACCGGGCCGACGACGCGCCGUACUACCAUCGCGGCAACUCUGUGCUACUGGCCAUCUGCGUUUUGACCCUAGUUGUCGUUAUUACUCAGCGUGAGUUUUUGCGACACCUGAACCGGAAGAAGGAUGCGGCGUGGAGCGCCAUGACCGUGGAGCAGCAGACGGCGUACCAGAACGACAUUCCAGCUCGGGAGAAGGAUGGAAACAAGCGAGUGGACUUCCGCUUUUCAUACUAG